GUCUCACCGGCUGGCUCGUAGCACUGUGUGUGUGUGAGUGUGUGUAUUUUUUUUUUUUUGUAACCGUAGCUGGAUGUGUAGGACGUCACAUGUUGUUUUUCCCCCUCUUCCCUCCAAUCAGUAGGCGAUAUGCGUUAUUUACUGUUUAAGCGCUCGUGAGGCUGGAGCGCCGUUAAACGAGUCUCACACAGUCUGAGAGCGAGGGGCCGCGCGCUCCUGCUGGUCUUCUGCUCGCGCGCCUCCGUUCAGUCUCAGAGUCUCUCCAUCUAUCCAUACCUUUAUCUAUCUCUCUAUCUCUUCGACUUCCAAGCGGAGCAGGAGCGGGAGAGCCUUCCGCGCGGGACCCGAGGAUGGCAAGCCCGCCACCAGCCGACGGCGGCCACGCGCCCUCGGACCCGAGCGUGAAAAAGUGCGGAUACCUGAGAAAGCAGAAGCACGGGCACAAGCGCUUCUUCGUGCUGCGCGGACCGGCGGAGGGCUGCGCGCCGCGGCUGGAGUACUACGAGAGCGAGAAGAAGUGGCGGAACCGGGCGGCGGCGCGGCGCGUCGUGGCGCUCGACUCGUGCCUGAACAUCAACAAGCGCGCGGACGCCAAGCACAAGCACCUGAUUGCGCUGUACACGCGGGACGAGUACUUCGCCGUGGCCGCCGAGAGCGAGCAGGAGCAGGAGAGCUGGUUUCGCGUGUUCGCCGACGUGGUGAGCGAGGGGCGUGCGUGCGCAGGCGGCGCGCGAGCCCACUCCGCCUCGGCGCUCGUGGGCUUUGACGAGGAGAGCUACGGCGUAAUCGCGGCGGGCACCGGCGCCGGCGCCUAUCGGGAGGUGUGGCAAGUGAACGUGAAGCCGCGCGGGCUCGGUCAGAGCCGAAACCUGGCCGGCGUGCACCGCCUGUGCCUGUCGAGCCGCGCGCUCAGCUUCGUCAAGCUCAACUCGGACGUGGCAGCCGUGAGCCUGCAGCUGAUGAACGUGCGCCGCUGCGGACACUCGGACAGCUUCUUUUUCGUGGAGGUGGGGCGCUCGGCGGCCACGGGACCCGGCGAGCUGUGGAUGCAGGCGGACGAUGCCGUGGUGGCGCAGAGCAUCCACGAGACUGUGCUAGAGGCGAUGCGCGCUAUGAAGGAGCUGUGCGAGUUUCGGCCGCGCAGCAAAAGCCAGUCUUCGUCUUCCACGUCUUCGGCGCCGCCGGGCGGGAGCAACCAGGUCACGGUGCCCACGAGGCGCCACCACCUGCACAACCAGCCGCCCAGCCGAACGGGACUGCCGAGGCGUGCGCGCACCGAGAGCGCGGCGGCCACGACAAGCAGAGGCGCCCCCUGCCGCGGGCGAACGGCAAGCGAGGGAGACGGCGCCACAGGGAUGGCAGCGGCGGUGGCUUCGGCAGCGAAGACGACGCGGUCAGGGUCUGGCAGCCCAGUCAGCUCCUCAACAGACCAGACGUACCUGAGCCGCUCAAAUACAGUAACCUGUCGCCCUUGUAGAACACCUGAGUUAUCCUGCUCUUCUCUUCAGCAUAGCAAGUCCAUGUGCCUGCCCUCCUCACGCUCCCCUCCUCCAGCCACCAGCCCUGUUGUUGUGCCCAAUGGAAGUGCGAACCUAGACGGCAUCUCACAGCCGCCAACAACCACCUCUGGUUCACCCAGUGAUGCUGGAUUCAUCUCCUGCGAGGAGUGCAGUUCCAGCCCAGCGGACCACCUGCGCCAUCUGCUCAUGGCACACCGCAGCAGCACACCUGAGUCCUUCGCCACUACGCCAGGAUCAUCCCAGGAUGGCAGCGACCUGCAUGGAUACAUGAUCAUGGAAAAGCAGAGCUGUGGAAACAUUUUCCAGCGCUGCCACGGGAGACGUGGCACCCCUGAGAGCUUGGGGGACCUUGAGAAAGCUUACAGAAAGAGGACAUACUCUCUCACCAUGCCUCACAAUAAGAGGGGGCCAUCCCAAGUGUCUUCUGUUUCGCUGGAUGAGUACACUCUUAUGAGGGUCACUUAUACAAACGGAGGGCAUUCGGGGCUCGGCUCGCAUGCCGCUUCCCCAAAAAUCACGUACCCCGAAGACUAUGGGGACAUUGAAAUUGGAUCCUUACAAAAAAGCUCCAGCAGCACCCUACAGGAUGAUGGAUACAUGCCUAUGGCUCCUCAGGGGAGCAGGACUGAGAACUACAUGCCCAUGAGCCCUAUGUGUGUUUCAUCACCAAAGCAAAUCAUCAAUCCCAGGACACACCCCCUCACAGUGGCCAAUGGCUACAGAAUAGCUAGCAGCUCACCCAGCAGCUGCUCUCUGGAUGACAGCGGUUAUAUGAGGAUGCUGUGCGGCUCCAGGUUUUCAGUGGAGAGUUCAGAUGGAAAGCUGUCCAACAGCGAGUACCUCAACAUGUCUCCUGUAGACCCCUGUGUGUCCGUCACUCCCACAGACUACUUUCUUGCCACCCUGGGUGGCACAGAGCAGCCCCCUCCUCUCAGACAGCCCUGCUGUUACAGCUCUCUUCCUCGCUGCUACAAGCAACAGCAGAUCUCCAAGAAUGAGGACAGCGAUCAAUAUGUACUUAUGAGCCUUCAAAAUCAGAAGAUAGUGGAGGAGCCAGCAAAAAUGAUGCCCAAAAGUGCCCCCUCUCCUCUGAGGCAAGGCAGGGCUGAUCUGCUGCACAGGUCCAGGAUGUGCCGACCGACUCGCCUCCCCUUAGACUCGCUCCGAAUGAUGCCCAGCAUGAACGAACACCCCAUCCUUCCUCCUGAGCCGAAAAGCCCUGGCGAGUACAUCAACAUAGAUUUUAGUCAUGCUGUUGAAAAGCACUCCCCUUCCUCUACAGAGAGCCCCGCCUCAUCCCUCAGCUCUUCUAGUGAGCAGAGGAGGUCCCCUCUUUCAGACUAUAUGAACAUUAACGUUGCAGAGUCGCCCAAAUCUAGAGAUGCCGCCCCAUUUAGUCCCGUGGAUGUGGCACCAGAGCUGGCAGCCUGCCCCGCCCGACCUGAGGAGGAGGAGGAUGAGAAUGUAGAGGUGGGGGGAGUGAAGUGCUACCACCUCACAGCACAGGUGGCUCCCGCAUGCAAGGCUGGCACCACCACAGCUAAGGACGAUUACACGGAAAUGACAUUUCAUGUGCACGCCUCUCCUCCUCCUCCUCUUCAAUCCACGCCUGCUGAAUGUUCCCAGACUACCAGCCCAUCUUCUUGUGUGCGGAGGUUAAAUCUGGGCGACGCUGUGGGUGUACCCCCGGUCGAAUCGUUCCUGCUGAGGGGUGCCGCCACCGUGCCACCAGUGGACCCAGAUCGGGGUGCCAAGGUCAUUCGGGCUGACCCCCAGGGGCGCAGGAGACACAGCUCGGAAACAUUCUCCUCCACCACCACCGUCACACCCGUUUUCCCCUCCUUCGCACACGACACCCGCCGCCACGGGUCAGCCUCAGUGGAGAACGUCUCGGUACUGACCAGGAAUGGCGAGCUGCCAGAAGAUGAGUACGGAAGCCCCAUGUGCAGAGAGACAUCAGCAGGCUUCCAGAACGGACUUAACUACAUCGCCUUAAACCUGAUGGACGAGGGGCUGGCCAGCUGUGAUGCUCUCGUCAGGUUCAAAGCUGCCAGCUGCUGCAAAGGGGGCAUCAAUGCCAUGCAUGCCAGUCCGUACGUGAGCCUCGGCUUCAAGGAGACUACAACAGUGGUAAAAGACUAAACAACACAGCCAGACCACCAUCCGUCAAAUGGAGCGAGGAACGAGGGAUGAGAGAAGGAGAUGCGGAGAAACAGAGAGGCGGCCAUAUAAACAGAUGGACGGCGCUCCUCCUCCUGCUGCUGCUGCUGCUUCAGAUGUCCUCUGACCCUCCAAACUCCACGGACAUGUGCUUACAGGGUGUCGUCCUGGCAACACAGACACUUGACUUCCGACCCAACCCUCCUACCCACCCGCUGUGUGCCCUAACCGCACCCCACCCACUGACCAGCACUCUUUUCUUUUGCUGCUCUUUAAAACUUAAAAAAAAAGGAACUACAACUCCCAGAAACACAAAUGUAGGCUGGACCCCACACCCAUGGACCCACCUGCUGUGCACUCUAACCCACUCCACCCACUGACCAGCACCCUUUACUCUGCUGCUCUGACGAAAAACAAAAAAGAACUACAACUCCCAGAAACACACAAAAGGAACUACAACUCCCAGAAACACACAAAAAAGAACACACAAAAAAGGACUCCACAUCCAUAGACCCACCUGACCAGCACUCUUUUCUUCUGCUGCUCUUGAUAAAAAUAACUACAAGUCCCAGAAACACAAUGCCUGGACUCCGCAUCUCCACAUCUAUCUGAGUGUCACUCCAAAGGCCCUGCCUUGUGGACGUUGUAGUUCUUGCUCUUCUUUUUUUUUUUAAACGUCCCACUGUUUUUAAUUUUAUUGUUGUUUUGUCUUUUUUUAAGUGCUCUGGACUUUAAAAGAGGCCAGUGUUUCCCUCAGCCUCUGAACCUGUGAACCAAACCUGGAAUGUAACAUCUGAAGACGUACCUUCUCGCACGUGGACACAUAUACACACACACAUACAUUUACACACAUAUGUACACAUACGUGCAGAUACUUGUUGCACAUGGUACUUAUAUUAUUUAUAUUAUUUAGGCUAUUUAUAUCUGUGCAGCAUAAAAAAGCACAUAUGCUUUGAGAGCAUACAUGUAUGUGUGUAUGUGUGUGUUUGUGUGUAUGUAUGUGUGUAUGUGUGUAUACAUGCAUGCCAUAUAUGGAUGGCAUAGCAUUUCAUCAAUAUCUUCACAACAACCAACCAACCAACAACUGAAGAAGCCCAGUUGCUUGAAACAAGAGAGAUAAAAAAAAAACUCUACCUCAGAUUAAGCCAGGUUUCAACUUGCAUACAAAAAAUAUAUAUAUAUUGAAAAAAAAAAAUAACUAUUUAUUUUCAGUACUGAAUGUUUUCAUGGGAAAAAAAAAUGCCAAUCCAAAGCCUUACUGACUGUACUGUCAAACAGUGUUUUCUUUGAGGAUAUUUGUUUAUGGACCUACACACACUCGCAGAGUAUCAAAGAUAGGCCGUCGGCCACGGCAACCGAAACAUGAACCGAACUGAAUGUCUGUCCGUGCAGUAGGGGUGGGUUUUUUAUUGUUUAAACCCCGCCCACCGCAGACGAUACUGAUUUCUUCUGCAAUCAAAGAUUUCUUAUAUUAUUGCUAUUGUUAUUCUUAUUCUUUUAAGUAUUACGCAGAUAUUUAAAGGAUGUUAAUAUAAUUCUAUUUAUCAGUGCUGGGAAACGGCAGCGUGAGGAGCAGCGCUACGCUGCCUCACACACGUACACUUAUGCAAAGCAGCCUUCCAGAGAAAUGGAGAGUUAUUAGCUUGGAAAGAAGCCAACCAGACAGACACAGAUACCUGCACCGUGCACACACUCGAGACACGCUUCAAUGUGCACGUGUGCGCGUGUGCUCAUUGUAGUCAAUGAGAAAGGCUCAAUGAGAAACAACACGCCUAGGCACACACCUGCAGCCAUCAACCUUCUUCUGAACUUUGAUGACCUGGAAACCUCCUCCAGCCCAAGCCCCGCCCCCUUCCGUUCACCACUACUUACUAUCCUCACUCUGAAACUGCAGCCUUCCCUUUGCCUUAGAUCAGCACAGUUGGCUGAGAGUUGGUAUUCAGCAUCUGUGGAGCAGGCGGUGAACAGGAGUGACGCGAUGUUCUUCAGGGAACGUACAGUAAAUUCCAGAGGCUUUAGACCAUCUCUGCUGCUCCGUCGUGUCAGACGAGGACACAGUGUCAGUACCAAUGCUUUCGUCUUGCACUUACAAACUCCUUAGAUUGUAAACACAAGACACUUUUGAAUGUAGAGUAUUCUGGCGCUCGCUCACGAGCAAAACACGGACAUAAAAACCCACCGUAACGCGACGAACGCAGAACAGAACAGACGUAACCAACAAGCGAACCGAAAAAAAAUCUCACACCAUCUCACGCGACUCUUUUUUUUAAGCAUAAGAAAAUGCCUAAAAAAAUAAAUAAAAAAUCCUGUAAAUAGUGUACAUACAAGACUAAAUAUAAGAUAUGUGCAGUUGUGAAAAGUUUUUAAGUUAAAGAUGAUGUGUUUUUGUACAUAAGCAGUAUACUACAUUUGAAUGGAUUUCCCCAACCAGUCAAAGCACUAAUGAAGGUACUCGCCAAGCGCCUGCGUCGUUUGGCCUGGAGGUUUUCUUUUUCUAAAUUUUUCUGUAGGGUUUGUAAGAGUAUGCACACUGUAUGAUAAAAACGCCACUAAGGAAAUAUUUUCUAAUGCUGUAACAUUAUUUAAAAAAAGAGAACAGAAAAUCGAAUUGAAUAAUACUUGCUAUUACGAGAAAAAAAAAAAAAAAACUAGUGAUAUCUAGGUACGAUUCACAAAUGGCAUAUGCAAUAUUUACAUUUUUUAAAAAAGUAAUUAGUUUACAGAAAGAAACCAAAUGUAUAAAUACUGUGUUCAUAAUGUUUAUUAAGGAUUUUUUGGCUGUAAACAUUUUUUUUCUGCCAACUUUGAAAAUGAGAACUGUUUUCUGUUUUUUGCUAUUGGAUUUUGAUCUUACCAGUGAUUUUCAGCAGUGUUCUUAUUCUGAUAAUCUUUGUUAUUUCUCAGUAUGAAAAAGAUGACUAUUUCGAGGCCUGGCUUAUAUAUAUACAGUAUAUUUACUGUAUUUGUAUUUUAUUUUAUUAUUAUUAUUUUUUUGCUGUGUCUUCCAUUGUACAUAUUUCAUAUACUGCACAUUGUGAUGCUAUUAAGAGAUAAUUUAAACUUAGUGUAGUUAGUAUUGCUUUAGAAACUGUAAUGAUUCUGAAUAGCCACAUGCAAUAAAAAAGGUAACAUUAUUUAAGAAA